ACGUAAUUACCAAUAGAUGCGCCUCAAAGUGCACCGGGGCCUCUUAGUUUGAAAUAUAACGCGGUCUAUUGUCACGCGCUUUGUUGCCCUUUGCUUUAAUUCUUCAAAGCGGAAACGUCAUCCGGACCCAGUUUGGUCGCGUGAUCUCAAAAGAACCAAUCAGAUGCCUUAUUUCUGUCCUCCAACAACCUGUUAAAAUGUAACUGUUUGAAAAUGGCCAGCGAACACACCGUGCAAAUAUUGUGGAUUUGUGCUGCCAUUUAAAUAGAACGCCUGCUGUUUUUGGUUGAACCACAAAGCGUCAUGACCGGCAGCUGAUAAAACAUUCAGCGAAGGACGAGGCUCUGCCAUGGCAGCAGGUGUCAUUCUGCUAAGUGACGUGCCCUAUUCCAACUCCAACAGCAGCAGUGCAUGGGACAGUGUAGAGCACACCUCUGACAUGGAGCCAGAUUUCAGACCAAGUGUCAGGGUCCCCACAGCAAAGUACACCAAGGUGGGCGAGACCCUAAGGCAUGUAAUCCCAGGCCAUAUGCAGUGCUCCAUGGCAUGUGGAGGACGAGCUUGCAAGUAUGAAAACCCAUCACGCUGGAGUGAUGAGGAAAAGGCCAUCAAGGGACUUUACUCUUCAUGGGUCACAGACAACUUAUUAGCCAUGGCAAGGCCUUCCACUGAGAUUAUUGAAAAAUACAACAUCAUCGACCAGUUCUUAGGAUGCAGACUAAAGACCAUAAUUAACCUGCAGCGCCCAGGAGAGCAUGCCAGCUGUGGCUACCCCUUGGAGCCAGAGAGUGGGUUCACAUACCGCCCAGAGGUCUUCAUGGAGGCAGGGAUCUAUUUCUACAAUUUUGGAUGGAAAGACUAUGGAGUAGCCUCUCUUACAACAAUCCUAGACAUGGUGAAAGUCAUGUCUUUUGCUGUGCAGGAGGGAAAGAUGGCCAUUCACUGUCAUGCUGGACUUGGAAGAACAGGGGUUCUCUUGGCCUGCUAUUUAGUGUUCACAUCACGGAUGAGUGCAGACCAAGCCAUAUUGUUUGUGCGGGCAAAGCGUCCAAGCUCAAUACAGACACGAGGCCAGUUACUGUGUGUGCGUGAGUUUGCACGCUUUGUAGCACCGCUACACUGUGUGUUCUCGAGUGUCGAACCACGAUCACAUGCUGUCACACUGUCGCAGUACCUGACACGUCAGCGACACCUGCUGCAUGGCUAUGAGGCUCGCCACAUGAAGCAUGUGCCAAAGAUAGUUUACAUGGUCUGCAAGCUCCUGCUAGACAUUGCUGAGAACAAACACACAGCAGAGGAAAAAUGCCUGUCUCAGAUUGCUGACUUGACAGCUGAGGUAGAGAAGACUAUAUCUCAACAGGCCUUGCAGCAGCUAGGCAAGGAGAUGAGGGGAAAGGGCAUUCUUUUGACUUUACCCCACUCCUUGCAAUCCUCCACUCCUCCUUCUUAUAAGGUUGAUAAUUUAAAUGAUCUUAAUAAAGCUCAGAUAUUCCGUAGCUUCAGCGACACUGCUCUGCAUUCUCUGGGCUCUAGGUCUAAGAGGUUUGGAUCGCAUGAACACUGUGUAUUUCAGAACAGGUUAGCAGAAUCUCCAGAUGUUCAGGUCUCCAGACCUCUGUUGAGUCCUGAAAACUGUAUCACUUCUAAACCUGACUAUCUAGCUUCAUUCUCAGCGUCCCUUGCCGAACCGAAGAGAGAGGUGGAACACGUGCCUCCCUCACUAGUUUGCAGGAAGCGGGUACCAUUGAGAGAGACAAAGCGCAGCAGGUCUCUGGGGUUUUUGAGGAGCAGUGCAGUCAUAAUGCCCAGGUUGCUGAUAGAAGAAAGGUUAAACCAGGGUAAUAAAAAGCAAGACACUUUUACAGGAACCAGCGAAGCAGGAAAUGUUCCUUUUCUCUUGCUCCAGACUGAGCUUUCUCCAGAGGUUCGUCAUGUUCUUGUGGCUAGGGCUCUCAUGAUGGAUUUUGAAGAGGAGAAUCUACGGGAUGCUAUUUCAAUGUGGCAGACAGAGUUAAACUGCAGAGAAGGUGCUUGGGAGAGGUUGUGCAUAGAGCGUGAUCCACUGCUGCUCUCUGCUCUCAUGUGGUCAUGGUUGGAGCAGCUGAAGGAGCCGAUCAUCACCAAAAAGGAUGUGGAAGCAUUACAUCAUAACAGCCACGAUCCUUUGCAAGCCCUAAGCAUCAUGGACAAGGGCCACAAACAAACUCUUCUGUGUAUCCUGGACUGUGCUGCACAUUUAAUGAAACUGCCAGACGAAGUUGAAAUGGCUGUUCUUCAUCGUACAAUCAAAGCAUUCACUAGGGUUACCUAUGAUUCACAGAAUGGACAGCUGACCUAUAAAGUCCUUUUGGAAAUUCUAGUACCACUUUUAAGUGAUAUGAGAAAAGCAAUAGAUGUUACCCAGAGUUGAGUGUGUGGCUAUCCAUAAAUCACCCUGAUCAUUGUGGCUAGAUAUACAUUGCACUAAUAUUUUUUGAACGAAUUAUGUUGCGUUUGUGUCAGCAGGCUUGGUGUUCUUAAAUAUUGUAUUUUUGUCAUUCUUAUUCUUUAAAUUUGUGUAAGGUAAUGUCUCAUAAUACACACAUAAGAUUGGGUGAUUAGUCCAAGUAAAGAGUAAGAUUAGUAAAAAAAAAUACUGCCAUAUAUGUGUGCCACAUGUAUAUUGUUCUUUAAGUUGUUGUUACUCACUUUGAUUGAGCAUUUUGAUGUUAAUUAUUUAUUAUCUAACUAACAGCAUAAUUUAUUAAGAAAUAUCUACUUGUUUAGGUAUUUCUUUUGCAAAGGAAAUUCUCACAUCACAAUACUCACAAUAGAGUGCUAAAUGUUUUUUAAAUGAACCUCCACGUUUUAACAUAAAAACCAAAUACAUUGACUGUGCAACAUAUUUUCUAACAUAUUUGUAUGAUAUGUAUACUAAAGCAAUUUUGUUAAGACAAAAAUAGGAAAACUGACCAUUUUAAGGUUUGCUCUGUAAGGUGUGAAAAAUAACUUUUGCAAACAUAUGCUGUUUAUUCAUGUAAUUCCAGUUAACACUUUAAGGCCAAAGGUAUUUGCACACUUGAUCAUCACACCUGUGGGUUUGUUGGACAUUUCAAAAUCAUGGCCCCUUCAGUUGCAACUAUAUCAUCCUUCACUGUGCUGGGAAGUCUUUUAAAACAUUUUUAUGGACCUUAAUUUGUGCACAAAAAUUGGGGUCUUCCCCAUAUUGUUGACAAAGUUGGAAGCAUACAGUUGUCUAAAAUAUAUUUGCAUGCUGUAGCAUUAACUUUACCCUUUAUUAUAACUGAUUGCCCAAGCCCAAACCUUAAAAACAGCCCCAGAUAAUUAUCCUUUCUCUACCAAAAUACUGUUGACACUUAUGCAUUCUUAUCAGUCGUGAUCACUCCAGAGAACACAUGUUCAAUACUCUAGAUACCAGUGUGCAUUUUUGCCACUCAAGUCGAGUUUUGGCAUUGCAUAUAGUAAGCUUAUGUUUGCGGAUGUUUACUGUUAAUGCCCAUGGCUUUGUGAACCUACAUUAACAUCCAAACGUGGCAAAUCCAACGUGUAGUUGCAGCUACAUGUAAUUUCUAUAAACGGAGGUUGUAAUCGAGAAAGUACAUAACAUUAUUUUAUCAUUAACACAGAAAAAGUGGUUCUUAAGUCUAAACCAGCAAUGUUUUGGUGCUACUUAAGAAACUUUUCCUAGUUCAGAGCUGGUGCUUUGGCUGUCGAAAAAGAAAGAACUGGUUCUAAAUUAGGCUCUGGCUCCAAACCAGCUCUCAAACUGCCUUCGGUGGAAAAGGGGCAUAUGUCCUUGAAUUUAUACACCUAAAGUCUACAAUUGAGAGGGGUGUCCACAUACUUUUGGCCAUAUAGUGUACAUGUUUCAGCAUUGCCUUCACAACACAAAUGAAAUCUAACAUGGUUUUUUAAAAUGUUUGUAUGUAACAGAACUGCCCCUCCUAUGUCCAGGCUUUUGCAGAAUGUUCUCUGCCUCAUUUUAAUGGCAUUACCUUCUACUAAGCUGCUGUUUUUUUAAAUAGUCAACACUGUUGGCAAUAAGCACUGUAGCUAACUAGACAUUAAACAUCAACCUCAUUAUUUUCCUGACUGUAUGUAAACAUUUACAUGAAUAUUAACCUGAACUAAUGGGAAAUUACAAAAAGCAUCUGAUUUCAGAUGUCUGACAGACUAUUGAAGAUUUUAAGGCACUUACUGUUCCUAUCUACAUGCCAAAUACAAUAAACUUAAAAAACAGA